AUGGCAGAUAUUGUGUUGUACUCAGAGCAACUGGGACUCCCAAGAACUGAUCCGAAGAGAUGGAGAUUGAGAACUGACGAACUGGGUAGGGAAACUUGGGACUAUAUUCCAGAGGAUCAGUGUGAAAUGGAUCCCCAGUCCAGUUUUACUCAAUGGCUGUUGCAAAUCAGAGAUACAGAGACAUCGGCUCCCAAGGAACCGGUAACAGCUUUCGAUUCAUGCAUUAACGGUGCCAAUUUCUUCAAAUCCUUGCAAGAUCCGCAUUCUGGUAUGUUCCCCUGUCAGUACAAGGGUCCAAUGUUUAUGACCAUUGGUUAUAUUGCAGUCAACUAUAUCGCAGGUAUUGAAAUACCCAAGCACGAAAGACUGGAGAUUAUUAGGUACAUAGUGAACACUUCGCAUCCAGUGGAUGGCGGAUGGGGGCUGCACUCGGUGGAUAAAUCUACCGUCUUUGGUACCGUUUUGAACUAUGUUAUUCUUAGGUUACUAGGACUUCAACGGGACCACCCAGUUUGUUUGAAGGCCAGGGAUACACUACUGAGAUUAGGUGGGGCCAUUGGAGCCCCCCAUUGGGGGAAAAUCUGGCUCAGCGUUUUGAAUCUAUACAAAUGGGAAGGUGUUAACCCAGCGCCACCAGAAACAUGGCUGUUGCCGUACGAGCUACCCAUUCAUCCAGGAAAAUGGUGGGUCCAUACAAGGGGUGUCUAUUUACCAAUCAGUUAUCUUUCCCUUGUUCAUUACUCUUGCGAAUUAACCCCCCUGUUGGAAGAAAUAAGAGGAGAGAUAUACACUAAACCAUUCGAUUCCAUCGAUUUCUCCAAGCACAGAAAUACUGUUUGCGGCGUAGAUUUGUAUUACCCACAUUCCAAAGUAUUGGAUAUGGCCAAUAAUGCAAUAAUAUUCUACGAAAAGUAUUUGAGACCUGCUUGGAUCUACAAAAAGUCAAAGGCAAAAGUUUACUCUCUUAUCCAGAAGGAAAUCCAAAACACCGACUACUUGUGUAUUGCUCCAGUUAACCAAGCCUUUUGUGCCCUAGUAACUUUGAUCGAAGAAGGUGUCGAUUCAGAAGCGUUUACUAAAUUUCGAACAAGAUUCAAGGACGCUUUGUUCCAUGGACCCCAGGGGAUGACUGUUAUGGGGACGAAUGGUGUGCAAACAUGGGAUUGUGCGUUUGCUGUUCAAUAUUUUUUUGUAGCAGGGCUAGCUGAGAGACCUGAGUUCUACAACUUCAUUGUAGCUGCAUACAGAUUUCUAAUAAGGUCGCAGUUUGACACCGAGUGUGUUCCGGGAUCAUUCAGGGAUAAGAGGAAGGGUUCAUGGGGGUUCUCUACCAAAACACAGGGGUACACCGUUUCAGAUUGCACUGCAGAGGCAAUAAAAGCCAUCAUCAUGGUGAAGAACGCGCCGCAAUUCAGUGAUGUGCACGAUGAGAUCGAGGACUCUAGAUUAUACGAAGGUAUCGAUGUUCUGCUGAGCUUACAAAACACUGGAUCUUUUGAGUACGGCUCUUUCGCGACGUAUGAAAAGAUCAAAGCGCCCCUAAUUAUGGAAAAAUUGAACCCGGCUGAGGUGUUUGGUAACAUCAUGAUCGAGUAUCCAUAUGUUGAGUGCACGGACUCUUCUGUGCUCGGUCUCACUUUUUUCCACAAGUAUUACAAAUACCGCACUGAAGAGAUAUCAGAAAGAAUUCGGAUCGCUAUAGAGUACUUGAAAAGAGCCCAGGAACCGGACGGAUCGUGGUAUGGUUGCUGGGGGAUAUGCUACACGUAUGCAGGCAUGUUUGCCCUAGAAGCUCUGCAUUCUGUGGAAGAGAACUACGCAAACUCUGCAAUUGUCCGUAAAGGCUGUGAUUUUCUAGUUUCGAAGCAAUUAAUCGAUGGUGGCUGGGGAGAAUCGAUGAAAUCAAGUGAACUACACAGCUACGUGUCCACUCCUGAAUCUCUCGUUGUUCAAACUGCAUGGGCAGUGAUUGCCCUACUUUUGGCAGAGUAUCCAGAUAAGAAAGUCAUUGAGAGGGGCAUUGAAUUGCUCCGCUCCAGACAGUUGCCAAGCGGUGAAUGGAAGUUUGAAAGUGUGGAAGGUGUAUUCAACCACUCUUGUGCCAUUGAGUAUCCCAGCUACAGGUUUCUGUUCCCUAUCAAGGCACUAGGGUUGUACAAUAAAACAUAUGCAAUUGCCCCGGCUGUGUAG